UGUCCCGUUACACACUCCCAGAUUUCCUCACUCGUUUUCUUUUCUCUCCUUUCAGACUUCUGUCCCCUCACACUGGAUAUCAACACGGCACACAGAAAACUCCGUCUAUCUGAAAGGAACAAGAAGGUGACACGUGAGGGGACAGAGAAUGAAUAUCCUGAUCAUCCUGACAGAUUUGACCGCUAUUCCCAAGUUCUGUGCAGAGAGGCUCUGACUGGGACUCGCUGUUUCUGGGAGGUGGAGUGCAGUGGAGACUUCAUGAAGAUUGGAGUCGCAUAUAAAGGACUGGGCAGGAAAGGAGAGGGCAGGGAGUGCAUCUUUGGAAACACUGACAAGUCCUGGAGUUUGCAGAGUUUUAAUUCCCAGUACUCUGUGGGUCACAAUAACAAGCAGACUGUAAUCAGCACCCCCUCCAGCCCCAGAAUAGGUGUGUAUCUGGACUGGCCUGCUGGCUCUCUGUCAUUUUAUAGCGUCUCACACACAAUGACCCUCCUGCACAGGUUCAACACCUCCUUCACUGAGCCCCUCUAUCCAGGGUUUUGGCUUGAUCUUCACUGUGGUUUAACAAUCAGCCAUCUGACACCAUGUGACCACUGA